UCUAAAGCUUUGCUCGAUAUCUCUCUCUCUCUCUCGCGUUCGCAAGGUGUUCGACGGAAUUCCUCAGAGGGGAGAUGGUCUCGUUGUGGAGCUUGGUCGGUUAUGGCGUCGGAGGAGUGAUCGUGGCCGGAGUGGCGCUGCUUGUAGCGUUUCAGGAGAAGCUUGUGUACGUCCCAGUGCUGCCGGGGUUGGCCAAGGCCUAUGCUGUCACCCCCGCGCGUCUCCGCCUUGCCUACGAGGAUGUCUGGCUCCGAUCUUCUGAUGGCGUUCGUCUCCAUUCCUGGUUCAUCAAGCUCUCCCCCAACUGCACUGGUCCAACUAUACUCUUUUUCCAAGAAAAUGCUGGCAAUAUUGCCCAUCGCCUUGAAUUUGUCCGAAUAAUGCUCCAGAGACUGCACUGCAAUGUUUUCAUGCUUUCAUAUAGAGGGUAUGGGGCAAGUGAUGGCUACCCUUCUCAGCAUGGCAUAACUAAGGAUGCUCAGGCAGCACUGGAUCAUCUAAUUCAGAGAGAAGAUAUUGAUACAUCCAGAAUAGUUGUUUUUGGAAGAUCUCUGGGUGGUGCUGUUGGUGCUGUUCUCGCAAGAAACAAUCCUGAUAAGGUUUCAGCACUCAUUUUGGAAAACACUUUCACCUCUAUCUUGGACAUGGCUGGAGUUCUGCUACCCUUUUUGAAGUGGUUCAUAGGAGGUAGUUCAUCAAAAGGUCCAAAAAUCCUAAAUCGUCUGGUCCGUUCACCGUGGAGCACGAUAGAUGUUGUUGGACAGAUCAAACAGCCAAUUUUAUUCAUGUCUGGAUUGCAAGAUGAAAUGGUCCCCCCUUCUCACAUGCGGUUGCUGUACAACAAGGCAAUUGAAAGUAACAGUGAAUGUCUAUUUGUUGAUUUUCCAAAUGGUAUGCACAUGGAUACAUGGCUGUCUGGUGGGGAUCGCUAUUGGAGAACAAUUCAGCUAUUUCUGGAUCAAUACGUUCCUCAGACGCGGAGAAGCUCUCGAAGCCGCAUUGAUGAUGAUAACGAUGGCAGCAAUGAUGAUUUCAUGGAAAGGUGAUCCAGGACGAUUAAUUAAAAGAUGCGCACUCUCACCAAACAGGUUUCCUCUCUUUGGAACAAGAGACCUGAAUGAUUGAUUUUGGUUCUUAUUUGAAUGCUUCUCAUUGUGUUUCAGUUUAAAAUUAUGCUGUCAGUUUCUCGCUUUGAGAAAGAAAACUGCUGAAAAUUUUGUUCAACAUUAGUUUCAUAGUUUGUAAUAUAUCAUUUGAGUCUUAUUAUUUACCUAAAAUAUUUAUAGUUUUUUUGGGUGCUCAAAAAUUGUAAAAU